AUGGCAGCCCUCGCCUCCCUUCUCCGCCGCCGCAGCGGCCGCCGCGCCGACGUCCUCCUCCGCACGCUCUGCGCCACCGCCACUGCGCCCCCCCUCACGUCCUCGGCCGCCAAGACUCGCCUCCGCCGCGAGUACGACGCCGACCGCGCCGUCUCCCUCCUCGAGGCCAUCGACACCGCCUCCCUCUCCGCCGGCUCUACUCGCCAUGCGCUCUCCCUUGCCGCACGCCGCCUCACCCGCGCCGGACGGCAUGCUGAUGCCGAGGCGCUCCUCUCGUCCCACAUCCCAGCUUCCCCAACCGAGCCGCAUCUCUCGGCCAUCCUCUGCUCAUACGCCUCCGCCGGCCUCCCCGAGAAGGCCCUCGAAGCCUUCCGCUCCGCCGCGCCGUCCCUCCCGUCCCCCAUCUCGCCGAUGCCCUUCAACGCCCUCCUAUCGGCCUUCGUCCGGUGCCGCCGCCACCGCCGCGUCCCGGUCCUCUUCGAGGAGCUCUCCAAGGAGUUCUCCAUCACCCCCAACGCCAUCUCCUACGCCAUACUGGUGAAGGCUCACUGUAUGGUCCGCCAUGACGCCAAGGCACACGAAGUGAUAGCUCGGAUGCGUGAGGAAGGUAUCUCGCCGACCACCACCAUCUACACCACAAUGAUUGAUUCCAUGUAUAAGCAGAAGAAGGUAGAGGAGGCCCAGACUUUGUGGAAGCAGAUGCUGGAGAGCGGGUGCAAGCCGGACCAUGCAACAUAUAAUGUGAAGGCCAUGCACCACGGACUCAAUGGCAAGCCCGAAGGUGUUCUCCAGGUGAUGGCGGAAAUGGAGGCCGCUGGAGUAAAGCCAGACACCAUCACCUACAAUUUCCUCAUGACUGCCUAUUGCAAAGAUGGAAAGAUGGAGGAUGCCAAGGCGCUGUACCGUUCGCUAGGUGACAAAGGGUGCUCAGCGAAUGCAGCCACAUAUAAGCACAUGCUUGCAGCGCUGUUUGCUCAUGGCGAUUUUGAUACUGCCUUGGAGAUCUUCAGGGAAAGCAUGAGCAAGCACAAGGUGCCAGACUUCAAGACAAUGAAAGGAUUUGUUGAAGGAUUGGCGAAGGGAGGCAGGGUGGCUGAGGCGAAGGAGGUUAUUUACAUGGUGAUGAAGAAGUUCCCUGAUACUAUGCUGUCCGGAUGGAAGAAGCUGGAAAAGGAGCUUGGGUUCUGCUCAGAUAACGGAGAUACAACCCCUCAUGCAGAAUGUACAGCUGAAGAACCAGUCUCUGAGGCUGAGCCUGCUACCACCGAGGCACUUGAACUCAAAGAUUCUGCUGCUGAGGAAACAGGCGUGUCUGAAGAAUCUGAUGAUGAUGAAACGCCCUCACCUGAGACAUCCACUGAUGAGGAAGUGCCGAGGGGUCCUGCUUAA